CUGUGGAGACUAACGGAUGCUCAGCUGCACUAUAUCCACCAUGUCCGGAACGAUCUGCAAGAACUCAGACCUGGAAUUUGACUCGCUGAAACCCUGCUUCUACCCGGAAGAAGAUGACAUCUACUUUGGUGGUCACAACUCCACGCCUCCAGGGGAGAACAUCUGGAAGUCUGAACUGUUGCCCACCCCGCAAUUAUCACCUGGACGUGCCUUAGCAGAGCACUGCCUGGAGCCUGUGAACUGGGCCACGGAGAUGCUGCCUGAAGUCGACCUAUGGAGUAACCCGGCUGAGGAGGAGGUUCUCGGCCUGGGAGGACUCCGCGGCUGCACUAGCAAUCCGAUCAUCCUUCAGGACUGCACUUGGAGCGGCUUCUCCACCGGGGAGAAGCCAGAGAGUGUGGUGAGUGAGAAGCUGCCAGGAGGAGCGGCCGCCGCCAGCUCUGCUGGCCACAAGCGCAGGGAGACAGCAGGUGUGGGGCAUGAGAAAGCAGCCUGGCUUACAGAGCUCUCACACCUGGACUCACAGUGUGUGGACCCUGCUGUGGUCUUCCCAGCGAAUAAGUGCGAACCUAUGCCUGUACCCACCAUCCCUACCAGCACCGGCGCAGCGAUAAGCCUUGGUAACCACCAGGACAGUUCACUAGAGGACUUUCUGAGCAACCCAGGUUCAGUGGAGGAAGGCGGAAAGGAAAUCUAUGUGGCCAUGCUGGAGACACAGUUCUCCAAGACUGUCACCAGGUUCCCCACCGCGGCGCAUCGGGAAAAGGUAGCGCUGAGUCCCGGGUGCGAGCAGUCCAGCGAGCUGAUCCUCAAGCUCUGCGACCUCAUUCAGGAGCAACACAACUAUGCGGCACCACCGUUGCCCGACGUAGACAGGAAGGACGCGCGGCCUCAGAAGAAGCCCAGGAGCCACACUUCGCUGGGGCACCUCAAACGCGUAGUCCGGCCAAAGGCUCGGAGGUUGGGAUCCCGGAACAACUCAGACUUGGAGGACAUCCAGCAUCAGCAUCGAUGCAACCACAACAGGAUGGAGCGCGAACGCCGUGAAAUUAUGCGCUCCAGCUUCCUGAACCUCAGGGACCUUGUGCCUGAGCUGAUGCACAAUGAGAAGGCCUCCAUGGUGGUCAUCCUGAAAAAAGCUACCAAGUACAUCCACACUCUGCAGGCUGAUGAGUCCAAGCUCCUGGUGGAAAGGAAGAAACUGUAUGAAAGACAACAGCAGUUGCUAGAGAAAAUCAAACAAUCUGCUGUGUGCUAA